GAAAAUUAAGUUGGCACAGCAUUCACUUUUCCGUUAGUAGAAUUCUCUUGCAGAGUGAAUUAAUUCCAACCACCUACGCGUUUGCGCUGUUCGUUGCCAUUACGGAUAGUUGAUGUUUUGAGGUAAAUUUUAGUUCUAUGGAACUAGUUUGCAGUGAUUUUUAAACCGAAAAUGGAAAUGUGGCAAUUCAGUAAUCCGUGCCGUGAGAUGUGGAGUCCGUGAAUCAGUGGUAUAGAGAUAUAGAGCGUAUAGAGCGAAAGAGGGUAGAGAGCGGUAGAGAGCAUAGAGCUGUAGAGCCAGUCAAAGACGUUUUUUGUAACGUACAUUACAUGUGUUUUGGAUUUAAAUGGGAGUGAAAGUCAAUGGAAAUAAGGGUUUUGUUUUGUUAUUGGUUAUCCUGAAGAAAAUACGGUGCAGGAAGAGUUUGUAAUGAAAUAAGACAUGAGAUAAAUUUAAAAUAAUGGAUUGAUGUGUGUGUGUACCAAAGCUGUACAGAGUUAUGUUCUUGGGAUCAAGUUGUGAUUUUCCUUGCAGAAAGGGAAGUAUGGAUAGUUUUCACGAUACACCCAUGCAUGAUAUCACAAAGACUGCAGAGCGGUGCUUCAUGGGUUUUGAAGCAUAUCAGGAAGCCAAGUUGAGUAUGGGACAGCAUUUCUGCACCACACCAGAGUCAUUGUUUUCACAAAAGGAACUGGAAGAUCAUAGCAGUGAUGCUGAUGAUGAAAUUACAGACGUGUCUGGGGAGUGCCUCAGUUCAUCAAAUGAAUUUUGUGAUAUUCCGAAAGAUUAUUAUAUUUCGAGUGGUACAAAGCCAUUAUCGUUAGUGAUUAGAAGAUUUAGCACUCCUACAAUAAAUAAUAAUUCUCCUUCGGUUCUGAAGAGAGAUUCUAAUGUGUCAUCACCAUUUACCAGAGAAUUUGAAAGUACCUCAGACAGUGAAGUUUUGAAUUCAGAUAAGAAAUUGAGUGACUUACCCUUUCAGGAGCAAGUCACAGUUACCUCUAAUGCCAUCAGUCCAACUUCACGAGAAUCUCAUAUUAUGUUAGGGCCAACAGCAUCAGAUGGAACUGUUCGGGCCCUUCAGGAAAUAAUUUUGAGUCCAUUGCAGCAAAGCAGUCACUCAGGUAUAGUCCGGGAAAACAUAGAGAAUGUUGUAAAUGAUGCACAUGUAAAAAUCAAAACCACGCACACUAUUGAAAAUGACUGUUUGAAAUAUGUGGAUGGCAGUACAUUACAACAAUCAAAUCCUGUACUGGAGAAGUACUGUGUUAAGGAUGUAGAUGGAAAGUUAUCAGUGUCUUCAGUUUGUAGUAGGGAGGUAUAUCAGAAGGUGAAAAAUGACAGCAUUGGUAACGGAAAUCAAGAUUCACCAUGUCCACUGGGAAGUUCCAAAAACCUUCAGUCUCUGAUACACACUCAUCCAUCAGAACAUUGUAAACAAAUAGCAGAACCAUCCAAUCAUAGUUCAUUUGAGGUAGUUCUAGGAGAAAAUGCUGCAGGAAAUACUAUUAAGAUUGCAGAAGAUGAGGGGUGUCAAGAAAUGAAUGCAGUUGACAUUACCAGGUGUGAAUCUGAAAUCCAAAAUGAUGUAAUAUUGAACAUCAGAAAAGAACAUUCUGAACCUGCAGAAAAAAUGUGUAACCUAAACUUAAAAACACAGUUUGAACCAUAUUGUGUAGGAGGAAAAUCUCUUGUCAAAAGCAAUGUGAUUGAAUCUUUGAUAAAUGAAGUGUAUGAGGCAGAGGGGAUAGCCAUAGUUAAUGACAGGUUCAAAUUUCAAAGUAGUGAAUCAGUGUUACUGCAGGUUCAAGGAGGAAAUAUAACUGAAAGAGACAAUGAAAUGAGCACAAUUGUUAGUCAUGAUAUUGAAGUUACUGUGGGCCAAAAUGCAUGUGAUAAGGAUUACCCUGUGUGCACAGGAAAGUGUGAACUUGUAAAGACUGAAGUAAGCUUCAGUGGGAGUGAAACUGCUAUGACUACAGCUACUGAUACAGUAAAAUCUGAAAGACACAUUGAAAUUUCCUAUGAGCCUAUUCCAUUACAGAGCAUUCAUAAUACUUCACAACAAAUUGAAAUAAAGUUGCCAGAAGAUGUGUCUUUAAUAAAUGUAACAAGAAAUGCGACAGUGAUUAUGUCUCCAACAUCAGUAGGAUGUGCACUUUCUUCCAUUCAAGCUGAAAAUUCUGAAAACAGUCAUCAGAUGAUCUGCCCUCAGAACAGACAGACUGUGUCAUUAGGUGUCAGUCCUGUGCAGAAAUGUGUACAAAAUUCAUUCGAUGAUAUGGAGGAACUUAGAAGAAAGUCAAGUGUGGGUAGUAGUCCCAAAAGUCCAAUUCCAUUAAUAGGGAUGAAUGGUGUUAUAAUUACUGGUGAAUGUGAAAAGGUUCAACCAGUGAAUAUGAAAGCUGAAGAUAUUAAAAGUAUGGAGUGUAGCUCAGUUUUAGCAGGAGAAUUGGCUGAAAAUGUAGUGGCAAGCACAGAUUUCCAUAGAGACAGUUUUUGUAAAGUGAGUAAGACGGAUCCUUUACAGUCCACAGUACAUAAUAGUUCUUCGCGUGUUCAAUCAUACACUAAAGAUAAAUUCGAUUGUUAUAAUGAUCUGUCAUCUGACACCGUUUUUGUUGAGCAUUCACCACUCCUUUUCAGUUCAGAUGAUGAGAAUUCAUAUUAUACAGAAAAGCUCAAUAACGAACAGGAAACAAGUGCAACAACAUCCAGUUAUGAAAAAAUUAUGACAACAGAACAGAAGAAAUUGCACCGUCUUCAAGAAGCUUUAUUGGGUGUUCCUCCUCCACCAUCAGUUACAAUUCCACAGCUUGAUGUAACAGAUAUUCUUAGGUUAUUGAAAGAAAACAAAAGUUUGAUGAUCUUAGCAGAUACAGAAAGUGAAGCUGGUUCAGAAGGUGUGAAGUCUCAGGCAGCUUCAUUGAAACCAUCUUCUGUAGAACAAAUAAUUAAUUGUUCUUGGCCAGAUUCAAAAUCUUGUUGCCAUUAUGGCAUUCAAUAUAACUGUGGUCGAAUUUCAGAAGAAUUUGAAAUACUAUGGCAGAAAUUACAAGAACGUUAUGUUGGUAGUGAGACCACUUCAUCCUGCAAUAUAUGGUUUAAAUGUGACAUUUCAAAUAAAGUGAGUAACAUUACCAGUCGGCAUAGAAGCACUGGUCACUCACCAGGUAGACGGUUGAGUCAUCUGGCUCGCAGAAGGCAGACCUUCUGUUGUGCUAAUUUGCUGAACAACAGUGUUGCAGAAAGUCGUCAUUCUGCUGCUGCUGAAAGGCGUCUCAUCAUGGUAGAGAUAAAGAAAGCUGAACACAGGCAGAGGUUAAAAAAUUAUCAGCCUCAUAGAAAGGCGCCGUCAGUUGAUUCUAACCAGCUGCAGAAAACUAAACGGGCCUUAUUUAAGAGUCCACCUGGUAAUCAUAAAGGAGUAUCUUCUGCUUCAAAAUCUAGGUCAGGAUUAAAGAAAAAUAAAAGUGAUAAUGAUCAAAGUAGAGCUCUCUGGCCAUCCAAAGAUAAUGCUACAGUGAAAACAGGGAGUGACAGAGCACUAACCAGUCUUAGUGGACAAAUCAAUGUAUAUGGAAAGAGGAGGAGAGAAGAGGGCGGUAGAUCUGCACAGCAAAAGUGUCCUCGAAGAAUGCUGUUUGGUGGUGCUGCAGCAGCAGUGAAGGGAGAAAGUGACUUCAUGACUGCAGAUGACAGAAGUCAAAAUGUUAGAACUAGUGAAAACAAACCACAGAUGUCAGUUGCUAGGGAUCUAACUGGUGGCUUAAGUGAAGUUCAUAGAAAGAAAUUGCUUUGGGCUGUAGCUGAAGCCCUGCGAGGAGAAGGCAUCAGCAUGAAUCAUCCUUUAUUCCGUCCCUAUGCUACAUCAUUGGUACGAUUGGUGCGUAAUGUUAUGCCAGAUUUAAACUGCAAACGUGCAGUCAGUACAAGUGAUCUCAUGUUGCAACUUGCCAAAGAACAUAUUAGGGAUGUUAUGAAACAGCAAAAUGGGAGCACUGAGGUAAACUCAAGGACAUAGUUUAUAAAGCAGUAUAUUAACAUUUAAAUGUACUCAGGUUAUCUGACUGUGUUUGUAUGAAUUUUAGGUACCACUAUGUGCUUUCAGUGUUCUUUUGAUAGCCAUUUUAAUGAACACUGCCAGUAGGUUUCAUAGACAAAAGUGACAUAGAUCUCGUUCAUGAAGAAUUUUAUUGAAUAUUUUGUUUGCUUAUGUAUUAGUGGUACCUAUUUUUGACACUGACAUUUUUGUUAAAAUAUUUUAGAUAUGUCUGCAGUUAAUAAGUAAAAUAUUCUUGAAGGGUUGUCAUAUUUGUUUGAAAAUUGUGAAUCAUUUCUGUCAGAUAAAAAUGUUGAUUUUAACAACUUUAGGGUCCACAAAGACAGUUGUAUGAGGUAACAUAUAUAUUUCAUUUUGAACUUGAAAACCAGAAAUUGUUAAUAUAUUCAGUAGACAGUAGUAAAUGUUGACUGUUUCACUGCUUGGAUGGGCGUAAUGGAAAUAUUGUAGGGUUGAUGCAGGCUGUGUAAACGGAGAACAGUGACAUAUUGCCCCUAAGAUUUUGACUUGCAGCUUCUGGUUUAUAAACCCAAAAUCAAUACUGUGUGUCUGCUUUACAAAAUCUAUGCCUUGUUCAUAGGACAAUUACUGAUGCAUAUGGUCAACAUACAGCAACCACUCUUGCAUUUGACGUUGCUGUUACAUUUGGUAUUUAAACUUCCUUCUAAGAAACAAAAUUAAGUUUUGCAUUAUUCGCCUUUAUUUUAUAGAUUCUGUAUAAAGACAAAUCCUGAGGUUCAACAGUAAUUAUAUUUGAUCACCAGUUUUGAAAUGUGCUUGAAUAAUUGUGCUGUAUUUUGUUCCAUACAGGGAUUAUAAAUUUCAGUAUUUCUCAUGUUCAUUUUCCUCCAUGUCUUAAUGAGUCAUGUAAUGGAUUUCCCUGUCUUCUCAGAUAAGGGAUUUGGAUAGGAGAAUAUUAGUGUUACAUAAGCAAAUACACAUUUAUGUAAGUUAUUGUUAUUUAUUAUUUGCUCUUUGAAGAGGUAUGUGUAAGAAGAUACAUCCUGUAUAUUUGGUGUAGAAAUGUGUAAAAAUGGUUGAUAUUAAUAAAUGUGUAUAUUUUUUCAUGUUCUCUUGUCAGUAGGUGAGGUUUAAAAACUUGUGAGAAUGUGACUUAUUUCUAUUAAAGAUAAUAAAGUUGUGGAAGAAGUAAUUUUAAAUCAUACAGAGUGUUAUCCAGUAGCAAAACAUUUUAGAUAAUUUAUGUAAGCCUUGUAUAUUGCUGCCAUUGGUUAAUUAAUUAUUUUAUAUUAGUUUUAUACAAAUUCUGUUUUGUAAAGCAAGAAUCAGGUACCUAUGUGGAAUUUACACUGCCAUGUAUAUUUUAUGACAUGAAAGAAUUUAAUAUAUAUUUAUCUAAUUGUG